GUGAAAUUCACCACCAUCCUCUUCUGGGCCGCCCAAGCUGUAGGCGUCUUCUCAGCUCCUCACGCCGGCAACGAGGGCGAAGCCCCCGACUUCGCCAACUCCUCCAUCCCACUCCCAAACACACCAUGGAUGAGCUUCACCGACGAAGCCAACCCCCUCUCCGCCCGUAGUUGCGUCUCAACCGCUCCAUACGGCUGUGAUCUCGGCAAAAAGCGAUGCUGGAAGUUUGAUUCUUCAAUCAGAAAUAUCCAAACCAGAAGAUGA